CCUAAACCGUGUUUGAGAACAUCAAUGGCAGUGCACCUUACGAACUAUUCGCGCAUUGGCGAACAGCGCUCGAAGAGAUGUGCGUCCUCUGUGUGAGAGCAUAACUUAGAUGCGUUGCAGAAUCACUGUAGAAUCGGAGCGGCACCAUGCCCCGGGCAGAGUGAGCGGCCGUAGGCGGCGCCGUGUCUCGGCGAUGCGCCAAGCAUGACCGCGGCCUGCUGCAGCGCCACACGUCGCCGCGCCGCGGACACACUUAUGCUGUUGCUGCUCUUUUUACCGUUGCUGAAUGUAACAUCUGGAACCAAGGAGACAGAAGAGGAAGAUGUGUACAAAGUCUUACUACCAUCUAGUCAGACGUUCUUGAAAAAGCAUGUACAAGCCAUAUCCAGUUACCAAGAUCCAAAGGCUGUGAAGAAAGAGAAUUCUGUUGCUAUUGUAAAUCGACCAGGAGUUACAUUUGUCCAUAAAAGAGCUAUUUCAAGUGGUGAACUGGAUCUAUUAGAGCUUAAUUCUGUACAGUCUAAUAAUGGGCACAGUGGCAGUGAUUUCAGUAGGAAAGCAAGUGUCUUCCAUGAACAAUUCACUACUCCACUUUCUGCUGACCCAGACAAACUAUUGAACCCAAAUAAGGAACAUCCAAGUUUACAAGUUGUAAAUACUGCAGCCAUAUGGAAGAAUGUGUUUGAAACAAGUGCAAAUGCCCCAGUAUUAAAGAAAGUUGGAGACAAAAGUGUAUUUUUGUACAACAUAAAUUCAAACACAAAAAGUGAAAGUUUUAACAAAGUGGACAGUGAAUUUCAGUAUGGUUUCCAAAACAAAAAUUCUCAUAGUUUGAAGAAGAACAAGAGGUCUGUCAUUACCCUUGGGGAUUCAGAAACUGUACAGACAGCGGACUGUGUGAACAGAUCAUCAGUAAAUAGCACUUGUGGAAAUGAUGGUAGGUUUAACUUUGUGCCUGGCAGUGAUGAUUCCAGCAGAACUGCAAGUAAUAUUCAGCUGAACAAUACUUCCAGUGACAGAAAUCGUAAAAGCGUGAAAGACUUCAGCAUGUUUUCGCAAUCAAGACUGACAUUGCCAUUUCAAAAAAAGAAGUUAGUUGAUAUUACAGAUAGCAGUAUGGGUUACAGAUCACCAUCAACUAUUGAUUCUUCUCAGAAACAUCAACCACCUUCAGGGAACAGCAGUGAAACCAGUGCCACUGCAAGCAGAUCAAUAAACAUAUCAUACUCGAUCCCCAGUGUGAAGUCAGCUGGAAGAUUAUCAGCUACAACCAUCCCUCCUGAAGGUCUGGAUGCUGCAUCAAUAACAGGAAUUACUGUGGGAUUAGUUGUCUUCCUUGGCAUAGUAGGUGCCAUGUGCUUCAUUCUUUAUAAGCGGAGGAACCAAAACAAACCACAGACGCUGAGUGACAAAAGCAGCAACCCUGAUUCCAGUGUAUACAUCGAAGAAAGCUCUGAUGACUCAGAGGAAAUGUAUAGUUUAGAUAAUGAUUCUUUCUUGAAUAGUCUAGAAGCCAUGACUAUCCAGAACUACUGGACAGAAAAUGUCAAACAUACCAAACUAUAGGAGAGCUAUUAUAUAUUAUUUAAUAGAAACUAUGACAGAUUUUAGAUGUCUGUUUAGUAGACCAAAGAUGGUGGAAAAACUGGACUGCUUUAUAUUAAGGUUCCACUAGUUACAGUUUAGAUUCCUGGUAGUUGAAGAUGAGAGAAAUCCCUUUACUGGACAAUUAUGAACACUUUGUUGGGACUGAAGACUUCUGUGUUUGACCAAGGAAAGAGUACAAAUGACUGAAUAUAGUGAUCUUUUUAUGUAUUAAAUGAAAAAUCUCAUAUUGUAUUCUGUAAUUUUACCUAUUUUGACAUAUUACAUUUCAUUAAAUUAAUCAUUAAAAGUA